GUGAGAAUGAGUUGAGAUUUCGAAUUUUGAAAAAUUAUAUAUCUUUCACCGCCAUUCCUUCAGACUUUGAAACUGCAGUCUUCUUAAGAUCAACAUAGAACCUUAUAUAUUGACAGGACCUUUGAUAUUGCGCCUUCUCGUGCGGGAACCUCGCGGUUACGAACCAUGGCAGCUUCACAAGUUUGUUUUGCUUCUCUCAUACUCCUCACAAGUUAUGUUGUGGCAUAUCGACGGCCGCUGGGAGAUUUUAUAAACCACUACGAGACUUUAAAUUAUGACACGGCUCCAGUUGUCCAGCAACACGGUCGAGUGAGGCGUUCAAGUCCAAACAGCGAUCAUGUGGUUGAAUUACACUUAAAAACUAAACAGAGAGAUUUUAAGCUUCGUCUCAGAAGGGAUACAGAACUUUUUACAGAUGACUUUAGUGCAGAUGCUUACUUUGAUCCUGCUAAAGUGGUUGCAGGGGAUGUAGAAGGACACAAGAAAUCUCUUGUUCAUGGUUUUAUUUCUGAUGAUGGCGUCUUCGAGGGUAAAAUUCAUGUAGGAGAUGACGAGUAUUUUGUGGAGUCCGCCAAGGAAUAUUUCAAGGAUGAGCCCAAUGACUUCCACUCAGUUAUUUAUGAAAGCAGAGAUGUGAAUUAUCCUCAUGCCUAUGGUCCAGGUUGUGGAGUAUCAGAGAAAACCAAGAAGUGGAUGGAUAAAGUUAAAAGGUCAGCAGUGACAGGGAAGGUGGAAGUCAAGGAGGAUCACACCCAAUAUGAACCAGUCCUAUACAGAUAUCGCAGGGCAGCAGGAGACAUUGAUCCCAAAAAGUUGUCUUGUACUUUGAAGAUGCAAGCCGAUCAUUUGUUCACAGAAAACAUGGCUGGUGGAAAUAAGGAGAGAGCAAUGUUACUGAUGGCAGAACAUGUCAAGGCUGCAAAUUCUAUUUUCAAAAACACAGACUUCAGUGAUGAUAAUAAAGCUGACGGCAUUGAAUUUCAAAUCCAGAGAAUGUUUGCCAAUGGGACUGCUGAAGCAAAUGAUGGAGGGAACCCUUACAGAGAUAGCAACAUUGGAGUGGAAAAGCUCCUUGAGCUGAACUCUGAGGAGAACCAUGAUGAUGUAUGCCUGUCAUACAUUUUUACCUACAGAGAUUUUGCAGAUGGUGUGUUAGGACUUGCAUGGGUUGGUGAAGCAGGUGGAGCUGCAGGGGGGAUUUGUGAAAAGGCUACUUCAUUUAGAGAUGGCAAAACAAAAAGUUUGAACACUGGAGUUGUCACAUUUGUCAAUUAUAACAAGAAAGUGUUACGAAAAGUCUCUGAGAUCACCUUUGCACAUGAAGCUGGCCAUAACUUUGGCUCGCCACACGACAGUACUCCUGAAUGUGCCCCAGGAGGAUCUGAUGGGAAUUACAUCAUGUUUGCAAGAGCUACAAGUGGAGACCAAAAGAACAACAGACUUUUUUCACCAUGUAGCAGGACAAAAAUGAACGAGGUGAUGAAUGUCAAAGGGCGAUGUACUGAAAAUUCCUGUUGCUUUGGAGAGGCUCAGGGAGCCAUCUGUGGCAACAAGGUUACAGAAGAUGGGGAGGAGUGUGACUGUGGUUAUAAAACUGAUGAUUCAUGUAAGAAGGACACAUGUUGUGUGGGUCGUGACACUCAAAGCAAAGGAAGUGGCUGUAAGCGAAGGGGAAAUGCAACAUGCAGCCCAAGUGAAGGUCUUUGCUGCGGUUACAAUUGCACUCCACACAAACAAACUGUGUUGUGUCUUAAUGAGACAGAGUGUGCCAACCGUUCCUAUUGCAAUGGAAUUAAUGCUACCUGUCCUGCUCCGGACCCUAAAGCCAAUCUCACCUUGUGUAACAACGGAAGACAAGUUUGCCUUCAGGGAGAAUGCAGCGGUUCAAUUUGCUUAAAGUUCAACAAGUUGGAGUGCCAGUGUACACAAGAAGAUCAUCUCUGUGAUUUGUGCUGCAAAGACGGUGAAAAAGGCAAAUGCUUGCCGGCCAGUGAGAUUGAUGAAAUGAAGAAGGGAAAAAAUCUGAAACAAUUCCCCGGCGCGCCGUGCAAUGACUUCAAUGGUUACUGUGAUGUUUUCCUUAAGUGCCGCGCGGUGGACGCAGACGGGCCUUUGUCACGUCUAAAGAACAAGUUCUUCAGCAAGGAGGCCAUUAAGGGAUACUUAGAUUGGAUCAAGGAGUAUUGGUGGGCGGUGGUGCUUAUGGGUGUAGGUCUCAUUCUUCUCAUGGCAGGCUUCAUCAAGGUUUGCAGCGUUCACACGCCGAGCAGUAACCCGAACCGAAAGCCACAUCGUCAGCUCACACUCCGCCGUCAACAACAACGUAACCGACCUAACCAGAGAGGUCGACAGAUGGAGCCAGGGAACCGAGGAAACCCCCGGCAUGGAUACAACGGAUACGAGGAUCCGCCACCGUACCCCGGGGCCCCCAUCCAAAUGCAUGGACGUUGACACGAUUUUUCAGGUGGCUGGUUUAGUAUUAGCUAAUUUGAUAACUAUUUGUACACUUUAAAAAUGGGCCUUUGUAUUUUUGUUGUUCAGUUGAAGUUCAAUGUUUGCUCGAGCUUAACCCUUUAACUCCCAAGAUCUGCUUGUCAAUUCUCCCUUGUAGCUGCCAUACAUUUCUUUGUAAAUUAGUUAUGAGAACUUGGUGCUAGAUCAAGAUGGCAGCUUCUACCUGAUAAGUUUGAAUAUUCUCAUAAACUGUUUGCCGAAGAAUGUAGGGAUAUUUUAGGGAGAAGUUUCAUGCUAAUCACUUGUGGGAGUUAAAGGGUUAAGUAAAGGUUAGGCCUGUUCACCCCUUUUGAAAUGUCACGCAAUCCCAAUUCGUCACGUUGCUGCAUGAUUGCUUAAGUCACACACUGAGAAGGAUUCACCUAAAUUUUUUUUUGUUUUUUCUUUUGUGAGCUUGAAUAAUAAUGACAACAAUCGCUACAACGUUCAUGUUCACCGGCAUUGAUAUUGAAUAUUCGCGAAGAGACAUAUUUGCAUGUCUUUGCAUCUUGAAGGUUUUGGUUAUUUUCCUUGAUUAUUAUUUAAUAUGUCUUUUUCAUUUCAUAGAAAGUCUGCAAAAAAAAUUGUCUUUCCUGAGACGUAGAGAAAGUUAUCUUUAUCAAAGAAUUGGAAAGUAGAGCAAAAUUAGUCUUAAAAGAAUUUCGGAAAAAAAAGAAGAUUAUAUGACCGUUUUAGCUUGAGGUCGAAAAAUAUACUAGACAUGUGCGAUGCAAGCUCCAUCGCAAUCAGGUGAGCUUUGAGGUGUGUGGUGUACUUGUUCAUUUGUAGCUUUUCUUAGUUAACCCUUUCACUCCCAUGAGUGAUCAAGACAGAAUUUCUCCUUACGGUAUCAACACAAUGUCAAGCAGACUAGUGACGAGAAUAAGAAAAACAUCAGUUAGGGGAUUAUUGGUUGAUCUAAGACUAAAUUCCCUGAACUAACAUUAUGAGAAGGGUAUGGCCGACAGUGAGGAGAAUUACUCAUGAGAUCUUGGGAGUGAAAUGGUUAAUGUACUGUAGGUGUGAAUCCCUUAGCCAUUGUUGUAUUGUUAAUUGUGGGAUGGGAGGGUGAUCACUUCCAUAACAUAGGAAUUUAUUUUGAUGUACAGGUCGGGAUAUCGCUUUUUUUACGCGUGCAUAUUUUGUAGUUAGGGGCAUUUCAGAGAUUUGUUUAAUUUAAUUGUUGUUCAUUGUAUCAAAAAAAAAAAAUACAUGCUACCCUGUUAGUUGACAGAAUGCAAGGCCAACAGCAUUUUUUACAAGAUAGUUUUCAAUGUUUAAAAAAUUAAGGUCACGGAUAUUUGUGAACUAUCGCCACUUUAGUAGCCGUCAUUUAAUAUUGAUGAGAAGUUUGAUUUAGGCAGUAUCAGAUAUUUCUAUAUGAAUUUACUAUUUUGACCGGCUUUUUUUGACUUACGAAUGUUGGAAAUGUCUGAGAUCCGAUCUUGGUUUAGUUAAACAACAUUCCUGAGCGAAAUUGUGGCAAUCUCAACUCUUUUAGGGACAUUUACAAGUCGUUCAGCACGGUUAGAAUUAUUUAAUCCAUUCAAAUACUGCCCCUAAAAGAAGUUAAGCGCUGACUAGUCUCAAUCGCAUCGCUCCUAGAUAUUAUUCACAAAUAUAAAAUGUUUCUUCGAAUUUUAUAUCUCUGGCUCUUCGUAAAGAGAACGUUUUGACUCUUAUUGACACUUAUCUAAAAGCUUGUCCGAUUGGUUCGUCUAAAAGCUUCCCCUAUUGGCUCGUCUAUAGCAAGAUCUGCUCUCUUUGCGUUUGGAGGCAAGACUCUUGCUCAAGGUGAAUGUAAGGGAAGGGAAAGCGUGAGAUCCCUAUUGCGCACAGCAAUCGGCGAGAAUCGAACUUAUACUCUCUUCCUUUCAGCCGUGUGCGCAAGAUUAUGAUCAUUUCUGUACGUGUUUGUGGUGAAGAGGAGAAAUUUUUCCAAUUUCUUUUGAGUAGGAGAUGCCUAUGCAAGAUCAUUGGCAAAUUUCGUGGUUGGUGUUUUUUUUUUUUUUUUCUGUUAUCGUAUUUCAGAAUCAUUUACUAUAAAGUUUUUAAGUUCAGACGAAGUUAUAGAUAUGUUCAUGUAUCGUGUGAUAAGUUUCGAGUAUCUGGUUCAAAGCAGGUCCUUUGAACUUUGUUUUUGUGUAAGGUACGGUAUGCUAAGACUGUACGACCAAGGCUAUGUCCGCACCUGUUUCCCCAGCCUUUUUUAACUGGCACAGGACUCUAAAUAUUGAUCUGUUCAUACGUUGAUCUUAGAUUUAUUAAGCAACAGGAUGCGCGUGCUUAGGACGCAAUGUCGGGACCGUGAUUGAAGACGCGAGUACUAAGGCUGACUACGCCUAACGCGAAUAUUGGCAGGUUUAUGUUCUUUAUGUGAAUUAACUUUUUACUCGUUCAACCAAGAUUAAUUGCAGAACCAAAUCAAAGUUCUCCAUUUUUUUGACCUUUUUUUGUCCUGCGUCUUCGGAAGGGUUGGAAAAUUGAAAAUAUUUUAUUUUCAACGUAGCUUCAGCUUGAAGAGAUGCUGCUAGUGUCCAGUCUUUUUCUCAAAUGAGUGCAACGUCCCAACUUGCAGUCGCAUCCUGUUGCUAAAACAGCGUGAUAUUAAAACAUUGAUAAGAUCCCGGGUUUAUAUUGUGCUCAUGAACAGUGCCGAAUUUUGGGGGGGAAGUUGGAAUGAAGUUGGUGCGGCCAUCGUGCUUGGCCACUACAUAGUUAAACUGGUCGUUCUUUUGACGUUUUUUACGAGCGAUCAUUGCUGUCAGACGAUUCAUUGUUAAGUCUUGACCAAAAACUCUCUGUGUUGCUAGUACCUGAUCAUUAGGCUUUGCGUUACAAACACGGCUGAAUUAUCAGACUGACGGUUUUGAUUGGGCUGACCAUUUACGCGACUCCAUCGCCUUUAUUUUCAUCAAACACUCAAAGAAAUAAAAACCGCCACAUACGUAGGCUACUAACUUAUUGUAGAACAGGUUUUGAAACUCGAAAAGGCAGAAUUUCUACGCCAAGAAAAGCGGUCAAACAAAUAUUUUCUUCAUUCA